CACACAUUCUAUUCAGUAUUCACCUCAUCUAAAUAAUAUUCUGUGUUGCUAGAAAGUUCCCUUGCACAAAUCAAAUACAGAAAAAAACAAGUAAUGAACUUUGUUUUUCUAUGCUUGUGGUAAUAGAUUGACUUCAAUUUUUAGUGGAGAAGAUAACAGCUUCAUUGUUAGCCUCAAGGACCAAUGAGGUCUCGGUUUCAACCUCCCUCGGUUUGCCACGUGUCAGCUAGGCAAUCUUUAUUGUGUGGACGUUAAGAACUCACAAACCAAUCCUCAGGAUAUCUCAAUCUUGAAACUACUAUAAGUCUCAUCAGUGAUCUCAAUUUCUCUCCACAAAAGUCUACUUCUUCUGCUUUUAGCUUACACUACUGGCAAUAGUGCCUCUCUCCAAUCUGCGACAUUCUUACUAGACACUGAUGGCUGCCACUUUCUCCACCAUUGGAGCCGUCAACCGAGCACCGCUGAGCUUGAACAGCACUGGUGCUGGUGCUUCAGUUCCCAGCUCGGCCUUUUUGGGCAGCAGCUUGAAGAAAGUGACCUCAAGAAUCACCAACCCCAAGGCUUCCAAUGGGAGCUUCAAGGUUGUUGCAGAGGUUGAGGAGGAUAAGCAGACCAACAAGGACAAAUGGAAAGGCCUUGCUUUUGACGAAUCCGAUGACCAGCAAGACAUCACCAGAGGAAAGGGUAUGGUUGACACACUCUUCCAGGCACCAACUGGAGCUGGAACUCACUAUGCUGUCAUGAGUUCUUAUGAUUACAUCAGCACUGGACUUCGCCAGUACAACUUGGACAACAACAUGGAUGGUUUUUACAUUGCACCUGCCUUCAUGGACAAGCUUGUUGUUCACAUCACCAAGAACUUCAUGUCCCUACCUAACAUCAAGGUUCCUCUCAUCUUGGGUAUUUGGGGAGGUAAAGGUCAAGGGAAAUCAUUCCAGUGUGAGCUUGUCUUUGCCAAGAUGGGAAUCAACCCCAUCAUGAUGAGUGCUGGAGAACUGGAAAGUGGGAACGCAGGAGAGCCUGCAAAAUUGAUCAGACAAAGGUACCGUGAGGCAGCUGAUAUUAUCAGGAAGGGAAAAAUGUGCUGCCUCUUCAUCAAUGAUCUUGAUGCAGGAGCUGGUAGGCUUGGUGGAACAACCCAAUACACUGUCAACAACCAAAUGGUUAAUGCCACCCUUAUGAACAUAGCUGAUAACCCAACAAAUGUCCAGCUCCCUGGUAUGUACAACAAGGAGGACAACCCCCGUGUCCCCAUCAUAGUCACUGGUAACGAUUUCUCAACAUUAUAUGCUCCUCUCAUCCGUGAUGGUCGUAUGGAGAAGUUCUACUGGGCACCUACCCGGGAAGACCGAAUUGGUGUCUGCACAGGGAUCUUCAGGACUGACAAUGUUCCUGUGGAUGACAUUGUCAAGCUUGUUGACACCUUCCCUGGCCAAUCAAUUGAUUUCUUUGGAGCCCUUAGGGCCAGAGUUUAUGAUGAUGAAGUGAGAAAGUGGGUUUCAACUGUUGGGGUAGACGGCGUUGGGAAGAAACUUGUGAACUCAAAGGAAGGACCCCCAACUUUCGAGCAGCCAAGGAUGACCAUUGAGAAGCUCCUUGAGUAUGGAAAUAUGCUUGUCCAAGAGCAAGAGAAUGUGAAGAGAGUCCAACUUGCUGACAAGUACUUGAGCGAGGCUGCUCUUGGAGAGGCAAAUGAGGAUGCUAUUAAAAGUGGAAAUUUCUAUGGCAAAGCAGCCCAGCAAGUAAAAUUUCCUGUUCCUGAAGGUUGUACUGAUCCAAAUGCACAAAACUUUGACCCGACUGCUAGAAGUGAUGAUGGGAGCUGCCUGUACACAUUUUAGGCCUUUUCUAGGUAUCAAGUGGAAAGGAGAAAUGCUUUCUAAGAAUGUUAGAUAAACAAUUAUUGUGUUACGAUGUUUGAAUGGAUUGGUAUCCUCUAAUUUUGUUUCAUAAUGUAUACUGUUUUCAAUCAUAGUGCAUUUGGAUGCUUGUUCUACCCA